GGAUUCAAAUGUUUCAAUCUUCAGAGAGGAACGUGGACGUGGGAUCGUUCCUCAGGGGAAUCGACGUCAACAGAGAUCCAUCAAGGGCGGUGGUUGACGUUGAGGAAGACGCCGGAGUUUCUUCUCCGAAUAGCACCGUCUCAAGCGUGAUGAGCGAGAAGAGAAGUGAACGAGAGCUGGUGGCAGCUGGAGGAGGAAGAGUAGUUGAAGAUAACGACGCUGGUAGAAGUUUGAGCUCACUUGACGGAUGCGGUAGCGAAGAUGAAGAUGGUGGUGGCAAUGGAGACGAUGGUUCGAGAAAGAAACUCCGUUUGUCGAAAGAACAAGCUUUGGUCCUCGAGGAGACUUUUAAACAACAUAACACUCUCAAUCCGAAGCAAAAGAUGGCUCUGGCCAAGCAAUUGAAUCUAAGGACCAGGCAAGUGGAAGUGUGGUUUCAAAACCGAAGGGCAAGGACGAAGCUGAAGCAAACAGAAGUUGAUUGUGAAUAUCUAAAAAGAUGUUGCGAGAAUCUAACGGAUGAAAAUCGAAGACUGCAAAAGGAAGUGAGUGAACUUAGGGCUUUAAAGCUUUCACCACAUUUAUACAAUCACAUGAAACCUCCCACUACUCUCACCAUGUGUCCUUCGUGUGAGCGUACAUCGUCAUCAUUAUCAUCAGUGGCUCCUCCUGUGAUGGCGUCAUCAUCUCCUAUGGGGUCAAUGAGUCCUUGGGCUGCUAUUCCUCUCCAGCAACGACCUGCUGCUGGUUCUCAUUAG